CUAUUGCAGCUUUUUUUACUUAUUAAUUGGCCGUUUACUCUCGAAUAUGCUUCUGACAAAAAUCGCAAACACCCUUGUUUACGGCCCUAUGUGCGCAAUGGCGCGCUGUGGACCGCUUAUCUACCUUGGUGGUCUCAUUGGUAGCUCGAUUGACUUCAACUACUCGCUUAUCUCCAAGGCAUUUGUCGAUUCGCAACAGGUCAUCGACGAUUAUGUGCAAUCGGCGAUUUCUACGAAUCCAGGCAAAGGGCGGGUUGCAGUUGUAACUGGAGCCAAUUCUGGUAUUGGUUUCGAGAUCGCCAAGGCUAUUGGACGUGCUGGAUACCAGACCAUCCUUGCGUGCCGCAACCAGAGACUGGGGGAAGAUGCACUGAAAAGGAUAGUGGAAGAGACUAAGUUGGAUAACUUUGAAUUGAUGGCCCUCGAUCUCGCCUCGUUCAAGUCGAUCGAUAGAUUCCUUGUGGAAUUCAAGCAAAAGUACCACUCGCUGCAUAUUCUGGUCAACAACGCCGGGGUAUUUCCAAGCGCAUAUGGCACAACCACCGAUGGAAUCGAGUUGCAGUUUGGAGUUAACCAUGUUGGCCCAUUUUACCUUACCACCGCCCUUUUGGAACUGAUAAAGCAGAGCGGAGGUUCCCGUAUUGUCAACACGUCGUCCUUCCUGGCAUAUAUCGCUCCGCGCGUAGACACGUCCCUGGUCACCAAUAAGGAUCUGUACAACACAGGCGCUGCAUACAGCAACUCCAAGCUUGCUGUCGCCAUUUUCACCACUGCCCUUGCUAGGAAACUUGAAGGAAGCAAUGUAACAGUCAACUCGAUCCAUCCGGGGUACGUGGCGACCAACAUCUUCCGUGAUAUGAGCUUUGUCACAAAGAUCCAGAAUGCGCUAUUUAUCAACCCUACCCAAGGUGCCUUAACAUCGAUAUACGCUGCCCUUUCGCCAGAGGCUGCCAUUUUUACAGGGAAAUUUCUUGUCCGCUGCCAAGAGAACAUGGAUCAUCCAUCAACCAUGAGCAUCAGCGAGCAAGACGAGAUGUGGGCGUUUACUGAAGAGCUUAUCAAGCAACAUUCAUUCAAGUAAUCCUAG